UUUUUUUUACACAGUAACACGUAGCAUUUUAUAGACGUAUUGUAUUCUAAAUUCUCGAUGUAUCUCCAAAACAUCUGCUCACGUUUGAAAACAAUAACACACAAAAUGACAUCAAAUCUAACUGGCACUACUCGUAAACCUAGCGAAGCGGAGCUGAAGCAGUGUCCACAUUGCAAUCGAACAUUCAAUGCGAAAGUGCUGGCCAAGCACGUGACCAUCUGCAGGAGUGUGCUGAAGAACCGCCAAGUGUUCGAUUCCUCUCUUCAACGUCGUGAGGGCGUUGAGUACUUCAGCUUUGGGACGUACAACAGCGAGCUGCCGCCAAAUGCUGCACGUGGACCAACAACGCCGCAGUCGAAGACAAGGACCUUGGUCGCACCUACUCCUAAAGCCGAAGACGUUGCAUCCCUGCGUAAGCCGGAAUCGCCGGUACCAGCCAAGCGCAAGGCAACGGCAACGGCAACAGCAACAGCAAGAGCAACGGGCACGGGAACAUCAGCCAAUGUUCCCGGAACCAGUUCUUCCAUGAACCGGGAUUGCACACUGACCAAGCGUUGCGCGAACGUUGCCUUAGAACGUUGCCCGCACUGCGAGCGCAGCUUCAACCUCAAGGCCUACGAUAGCCAUGUGGCAUGGUGCAAGGAGAAGGCGGUCAUAGCCGCCUUCAACGUCGGCUGCAGCGACGAGGACACCAUGAAGGCCAAGCGGCGCAUGGAUGCACGCCUCAAAUACAAGCCUCCGGCUCUGAAGACCAAGCGCUUAAGCAAUCCACAAGCAAACAAUUAAGCGGAUGUUAACGUUUUUCUCGAUAUUCCAAAAUUUCGUCAAAUUCUAAAUUCCAAAGAUUGACCAUGAAUAAAAACUAGCUGAAACUAGGCACUGCACAAAUUGUGAAACAAUGCACAGGCACAACGAAUCACAAUGUAAAGACUCCCCUAAAGUGAGUACGAUAAAAGUGUGAUAAAUACUCGAAUGACCCAUUAGAAAGAGUUGUAUCAGAAGGGGAAUCAACUAAGGAUUCAACCGAGAUGCUGCAAAUAAAAUCUUUUAUGCACAUCAUGCAUGCAUAAGCUGAAUAUGUAAGCUAUAUGAUGAUAAUUGUAUGAACUGUAUGAACACUUUAAAGCCCGAAACCCAAAACUGACAACUUGGCGUCCGAGUCGAGAGUGAGAUUUUUUAAUUAUUGUUUCCAUGUUGCGCUCUCUUUUGUUUUGUGUCGCAUGUCACGUGUCACAUUCAAAGUGGAUGUUUUUGGUGUUCGAGUUUGCAGUUCAAAAACCAAAAUAAACCAAAAGCGGCCCAAACCAUAAGUUAUGAGCCACGAACCCCAAGGAACCAAGGAACUGUAACUCGAGAAACGAGAAUCGAGAAUCCCAUUGCUGCUGUCGUCCAAUUGAAAUGAUUUUCUAUCAUGACACAUGAGAGCGCUUCAUAAGGUGCUCAAUAAACCUGCCUGUGUAUAAUUUUUCACGACACAGACCCACAGAAUAAUAA